CACCCGUCGAAACCAAACUGAUCAAAACCACAAAUUGGAGACGUCGCUUCGCCGGAAACGAUAACUACUCGCCGGAAUACGCAGCCGGAGCCGUUCGCCGCCGCAAAGAAAUCAUAAACCGUGAGAAACGCCGCCAGUGAAAAUGGCGAACAAUGACAAUUUAAAGACAUGCGUAUCUGAUAAGUUGAUGUCACUGCUUGGAUAUUCUCAACCCACAAUUGUACAGUACAUCAUUGGACUAUCCAAGCAAGCUACUUCACCAGCUGAUUUAGUGGGAAAGCUAGUGGAGUUUGGGUUCUCAUCAACGGACACCCGUGCGUUUGUGGAAGAAAUUUUCUCUAGAGUUCCUCGUAGAUCGUCUGGCUUAAAUGUGAGUUUUGAUCCAAGACACAAUGAAUAUACUGCCAUUUUUUUACACUACUAUCCAGAAAAUCCUCUUACAGAAAUAAUUAUUGUCUGCGGGCUAUUGAUUUUUUGUGCUCUAUAAUAGCAAUAUAAAAAACAAUAGAGAGAAGCUGCAAUGCUGGCAAGGAAACAGGGGACUUACACAAUUUUGAAGGAUGAUGACUGUAUCGAUGAUGACCAUAUUGUUAGCGGUGAUGAUAAAUCGUCGAUAACUACUGCUUCUACAUCUAGAAAGCCAGACAGUCAUAAAAAACGUUUCAGGAAGAAAACUGAAGUUCAAGAUGAUCAAGAAGAUGAGGUAAGUUCAAGGAAAGAAAGGGAAAGACAAGUUAAGAGAAGAAUUACCGUCAAUGAAGAUAGUGGUUCAGAGUCAGAAGAAGAAAGAUUGAAAGAUCAAAGGGAAAAGGAUGAAUUAGUGCAGCAUAUGAGAGAAAGAGAUGCUGCAGCGACACGGAAGUUGACUGAACAAAAAUUAGCACGAAUGGAGGAAGACGAAGCAAUUCGAAGAUCUAAUGCCGCAGAACAUGAUGAUAUGCGCUGUUUGAGAAAGUAUUCACGACAAGAAUACUUGAAGAAAAGAGAGGAAAAGAAAUUAGAAGAACUGAGAGAUGAUAUAGAAGAUGAGCAAUAUCUAUUUGAAGGUGUGAAGCUUUCAGAAGUGGAACAGCGUGAGUUAAAGCACAAGAAAGAGCUAUAUGAACUUAUAAAAAAGCGGUCAGAGCAUGCGGACAAUGUGAAUGAGUAUAGAAUGCCAGACGCUUAUGAUCAGGAAGGUGACGUUGAUCAAGAAAAGAGGUUUUCUGUGGCUAUGCAGCGUUACAGGGAUUCAAAUGCUGAGGAAAAGAUGAAUCCAUUUUCUGAACAAGAGGCAUGGGAGGAACAUCAAAUUGGAAAGGCAACAAUGAAGUAUGGCUCCAAAAAUAAAAAGCAAGCCUCUGAUGAUUACCAAUUUGUGUUCGAGGACCAAAUCGAUUUUAUCAAGGCAUCAGUGAUGGAUGGAGAUAAGUUUGAUUACCAUGAGAUGGCAGAUUCAAUUGAAAAGUCCAAAGCAAAGUCGGCAUCAGAGGCACUUGCAAUUCAGUGGCACUCAACAAUUAUGAGUAUAGCGCAUCCUGGUGCACUAAAAGCUCCUGCAUCUGCCGGGUCUGGGAAGGGGUCCCACCAUUUUGGAUUUUUUCCACACACUGCAAAAUUGCAAAAAAACGGAUCAUAUUGGACACUUAAACAUGUACAGACUGUUGACAUACAUCCUAGCUCGGGGCUGGCACAGGUUCGUCCAAGAUGCGUCGUGUACCAUGAACUAGUGCUGACAACCAAGGAAUAUAUGAGACAGAUCACGGAGUUAAAGUCACAGUGGUUGUUGCAGCCCAAUGAUCUUGAAGACACUAUCUCAAAGAAAAUGCCCCAUGGAGAAGGACGCGCAGAGAACCACAGGAAGUACAUUCGUUAGAAAGUGGUUUUGCUGGAGGCAAAAAAAUGUUGCUCUUAAAGUUGGAAGAAGAUGCAUUGUAAAUAUAUUUCUUCUGUGAGCUGUGAAAUAUAUAUAUAUUAUGAAUUUUGUUUAGAGAUUAAGCAGUAUACACUUAUUUUUAGUGUAAAUUAGCUUCAAACUUACACCCAACAGAAUAUCUUUAUUUUGCCACGUCAUACUAUUUAUUUAAAGAUUAAAUUAUAAAAUUAGAGAUAACAUUAUUUUUGAACUU